GUUGCUGCUUCUGCACCCAGGAUUGAGGCAUGAACCCUGGGGCAUUCUCCAGCUCAGGCCCCCUGUCCUGGGCCAUGUACCUGAUGAGGAAAGGCCGGACAGGCAGCGGACUCUUUGACCCAGCCCCCGGCCGGCGUUACACCCCCCCCUCCACCACCCUCGCCUCGGGGGGGAAGAUGGCUGAGGCCCUGCCCCUGGGCGCCCAGGAGGCCGGAGGCGGGGCCUCUCUGAUGGGCAAACUGCGCAUGGCUGACCGAGGCAUGGUGGAGGUGAUCUCAGAUCAUCCGGGGGAACUGGUGAAGACGGACAGCCCUAACUUCCUGUGCUCCGUGCUGCCUACACACUGGAGGUGCAACAAGACCCUGCCCAUCGCUUUCAAGGUGGGUACCUCCACCCAAUCCACUGCUGCAUCCAACAGUGCAGCGUCCAGAUAA